AGGCGUUGAGAAGAAUACGGGCGGGAAAAAAGUCUGGACUCUCAUGGUUGUAUAGGAAUAAAACGCAUGGGGGGGGGGGUAACGAAGCAGUUACGUGACGUUCCUCCGUCACCGUUCUUUGAAGCGGCCUCCCGUUAGCACGCUAUUGGUUUCGUUUCUACUUUAAGAUACCGGAAGCAUUGCGGCCGCUGUGUGACUCCGAAUGAGGGGCGGGGCUUGAGUGUUUCAUACGAGGAAGUUCGAUAAGCAGUAAAUCAGAAGACGAUGUGGAUCUACGUUCAGUGUUUGUGAAAGAGGUGAAAGAUGGCUACAAAAGAAGUUCAGAGAACUAUUCCAGAUCUGCCUACUCCCUAUGUGAAGACCAUUUUUGGAGGACUGGAAGCAGAACAGACGGUGACAAUUCAUGGCAUUGUUGCCUCCGAUGCAGACAGGUUCCAGAUAGACUUUCAGUGUGGAAGCAGCGUGCAACCCCGGGCUGAUAUAGCUUUUCAUUUCAAUCCUCGGUUCAAAGGUUCUGGGUUCAUUGUCUGCAACACAUUGGAGGAUGAAAAGUGGGGUUGGGAAGAAAGAACGUACCAAAUGCCAUUUACUAAAGGGAAGCCAUUUGAAGUUACGUUUUUACUUCUACCGCAUAAAUUCCAGGUUUCUUCAAAUGGGAAACAUCUGCUUUCUUAUAAGCACAGAGUUAACUUUCGAAGAAUUGAUACCCUUGGUAUAUAUGGGAACGUUAAAAUCAAACCCGUUGAUUUUACGCACACAAAACCUACGCAGGGCUCCCAGCUUGUCCAUUUUUCUAUGCCCUCCAUGAGUGACAAUCAGGUUGAUUCAAUGGCGAAACAGAUCUUUACACUGCCGUACACUGCAAGUAUUCCUUGUGGGCUUGCACCUGGAAGGACGGUUAUCAUUAAAGGGGAGAUUAACAAGAAUGCUAAGGGUUUUAAAAUUGAUCUUAAGCCUAGUGACUCCAAAGAUAUUGCUUUGCAUCUUAAUCCACGUAUGAAGGCAAAAGUGUUUGUGAUAAACACUUAUCUGUAUGAGAGCUGGGGAGUAGAAGAAAAGAAGCUCAGUGAGUUCCCUUUCUACCCAGAAAUGUACUUUGAGAUUAUCGUAUUUUGUGAGGCUCAUCAGUAUAAGAUUGCUGUAAAUGGAGUACAUCAGCUGGAGUAUAACCACAGGUUCAAAGACUUGAGUAAAAUCAAAGAGAUCUCCGUCGAUGGGGAUAUUCACCUCUAUGAUCUGCGCUUUUGGUAGAGCCUCAAAUCUUGUCCUUAUCAGGAACAAGCCAGGACAGAUACUGCAUCUUAUAAUUAUAAUCAGUUUGGCAAAUGUCUUCCAACGCUAAUAAAACUAUUGGUUUUAUAUUACUAGGAUGUGAUUUUAUUUUAACAGAAUACUGUUCUUUGGUUAAAUCCUUAAAGCUGGAUAUCCAUUUCAUUAAACAAAAUGUGAAAGAUGUAAAUUCACUUCCAAUUGUUGUUAUAACUACUUUCUGCAUUUGUAUAUGGUUCAGUUUAAUCCAAUCCACAAAACAAUGUAAUUCUUGAUUAGUAAGUAUUUUGGUUUGGAAGGAUUCAUUGUUGGUCUUUUCAUUCCAGUGCCCCUAUGAAAUAUCCCAGCCAGUAUUAUGUGUAUUAUGUACAUAUAGAAACAGCCUAGGGGUAUCCUGAUUUGUUAUAAUCCUGUAAAUAUUGUGAAAAUUUUGAAGGCUAUGUUAUGCUUUGUGUGGGUUACUGGAGUACAUAUUCUUUCUACACGUUUAAUUCAAUAAAACUAUUAACAUACAAAAAACAAAGAA